CGAAAAUGUGAUCCGCUAUGGUAACGUGCUACAAUGACAAAUUUACAGUGACAAUUCUACAGUGACGAAAGUCACAGUUAGUCAUAUAAUUAAUUACAUCACUAGUUACGUGCCGAAAGUGACGAAUAUUAUCAUAGUGACUAACAUUAUAAUUAAAUUAAUUACAAUUAUAUUAGUGGCAAUUACAUUUUUUUCACUAAUUACAUUUCUCCGGUUAUAGUUACAUGUUGUCUGGUGAUUAACGCCCGCUAGUCGUGAAAUGUCCGCCAUCCGUCCCGUUGCUGCCCCAUCCUGUUCGGUGAUUGACGCCGCCACACUCUUCCUUCCUGUAACUGCCACCACCGCCGGCAACCGCCGUCUAAUAUGAGUUUUCUCGCAGUUAAAAUAUGUAGCAGUAUAGAGCUAAAGUACGAGUAUCGUCUCCACAAGGACAGAAAAUGGGAGUAAGGAAUUAACUAAAUUCAGCUAUUAAAAUAAAUAAAUAAAUAAAAUGCGAUGUGAGAGAUUGGAUUUUUGGAAAAUAAAAAAAUGCGAAAAAGCAAUUAAACUAAUGGAUUCUUUCUAAUUAAUGACGUAAGGGAAUAGAUAUUGAUUCUGAGGUAAUCAGAUUUCGGGGCUGAUCAGACUUAAUCACAUGAAAAUUAUUUAAUUGAACAGCGCUGGGCAAUACUAAGUUAUUACCGCUCUCGUGGCGAAGAGUACAAUAAUUUAGGCAACCAGACUGAUUUCUAAUGUGACAAGUUUCUAAAUUAUUGUCAAAACGCGCGAGCGUACGGCUUCCUAAUCGUUACUAAUCUCUUAGCGAACGAUUAAGUGUGUGUGAAAGUGAUGGAUAGUGUACCCGUGGGGUAGCUUAUCCGAGGGGUUAUUAUGGGGAGUAAUAAGAGAGAAGUCAGAACAAGUAAAUAUAGAGAGAGAAAGUAUAUUAUAAGUGUGGAGCGUUUUCAGCGUGGUUACAAAUGGGGAAAUGGGGUGCUAUUUAUAGUAGCAAUAAAUGCCGGACAGGGGCACGUGUCAAACGCCCAUUGGCCGAGAGGUCACCUCAACUGGUUGGCGCUGGCAGCCGCAUGUGGCCGCAUUUAAUGCGGCUGUUGGAUGGGACAUUGUACAGGGUACGGUGAUCUGUACGCAUGUGGCGCGGAUAUUAUGUCGGGAGAGGUGCCUCGGCUGCAGAGAACUAGCCGAGGGCUCUGAGUGUCGGGGACCCCCUGGGUGCCGAGGGCUCCAGGUGCUGAGGGCUACUGUUUUCUGCCGUUUUUCUCCCAGUUUCUUAGUUUGCUUGAAAACCCAUUCUGCGAGAGUUUUGAGCCUUCGGCCAGGGGGCCGAAGGCUACCCAGUGUGCGUUGUGGGCUGCUAAGUGCUUGGGGCGCCGUAAUUUGGGGCCUGCUGUGCUUCCUGGGCCGGUUGGGCCUUUAUUGGUGUAGUAGGAGUCUGUGGGCCGGGGGUUCCCGGGCCAUAUACUCCAUCAGGAGUCCCUCACUCCUUUUGCCGAAAGGUACUUGAGGGGAAAGGAGUAAUUUGUGCUUGUCCUCUGCCGUUGUUUCGUCGUAAUCUCUGAGGUUGGUGAGGAGUUUGUUGCUUUCAUGUCUCUGCCGAAGGAAGUCCCUCAGUUACCCACAUGUCGGGACUUGAGGGAUUGCUUUGUCGUUUGUUGGGAUUUUUCACCAUUUUGUAAUUUAAUGAUUUUCCCGGGGGGGGGGGGGGGGGGGUCCUCCAGUCCCCCACUCCUUGAGGCACUUGUAAAGUGGUGAAAAGGAGUGGAGUGGUUGCGUUGCUGUUGCGGGCCGAAGGCUGACGCUUUUCGUUUCAUUUUGGGGGGAUGCCUCGUUAAAAACCUCAUUAGGAAAAAUCCUGUGGGAAAAAAUCCUAAUGAGGGAAAAAGAGUGCAUCGAAUUCCCCCAACGAUGAAUCGAAAAUGUGAAACCUUGGUCCAAAAUGGAGAAUAAUGGUAAUGCCGAAGGCUCUCCUUGUUCUGAGGGCUCAUGUGUUGAGUAGCCGGAGGCUUGUCGUUGAUGUCAUGGGAGGUGCCGAAGGGGAGCCCCUCAUUUUGGGGAUCGAGGGCGUGAUGGAUGAGGGCAGUAGUUGAAUUGUUACCGGGGUGUCCCCUGCUUGUUGAUUAGUUGGUGAUGAGGAUAUCCGAGGGCUCCCAUUACCUGUGUGCCGUAGGCUAUCCGUCAAUGAGGCAUACUCCUCGGGGGCUACCCGACUCUUACAGUGCUGAGGGGGAAUCCCCGAGGGGUGGCCUGAUAUGAAGCCUUGGGCUUCUGAAGGAGUGAUCCCGAAGGCGACUGUUAUGUACUGUGUGGGGCACAACCCGGGGGCGUCUCUGGGUAAGUGUACCCGGAGGCUCUCCUUGAUGAAGUGGAGUGAAGUAAGAAAACCCGGGGGCUCCCAGAAUAUAGCCGUUGGAAAUAUAGCCGUUGGAAUAUGUAACGUCAGGAUAUAGCCGUUGGGGGGGGUGCCACGUGGUGCGUGCCCGUUGGCUGCCCGUGGGCGGGCGUCACCGAUUGGGUGAAAACUCGGUCGGUAAUGAUGGCGAUCCAACCGGAGGCCCGGUUUCCAGGCCCAAGCCCGGAUCCUAGCGCCUAUAAAUACCCCAAGGCCAGAGCCAUUCUCCGCUGUGCGAUCUCAGUGUAGCGAAGCUCUGGCAAAAAUUUUCUAGAGAGAGAAACUCGCCCUCGGUUGAAUCCUCUGUUCUCAAGGUCAGUUCCCCCCUGCCCUGCUCCUUCUAGUUAGCUGUCUUGUGCCCUUAGGCUAGGAGAUAGAGUUUUUAGAAAACACUAUCGUCUACGAGCCUUCGAACCAGAGCCAGAAUGUCGUCCCAGAGUGAUUCUCAAAAUAUCUCGGGGGCACCCUCGAUGGAGGAUGAAGUCCUCUCGGAUGCGGAGUCCUCAAACGAACAGUCCUCGGCCCAGGAGGAUGUUGCGAUGGCAGUAGAAGUGCAGAAGGAGCUGUUGGCUGAAGUUGAAGCCGAGGGCUUCGAGCAGGAGGUGGAAGACGAAGAGCUGGCCCUCGCCAUGCAGGUUGCAGAGGAGGAGGAAGCAAAGGAGAGGACGAGGGUGACCGUGGCCGUCCUUCCCCCUCGGGGUGCCGGUGAGGCCAGCACCUCUCGGCCGCUGAACGCGGUUCCCAUCCGGGUGGCCCCCGGAAAGAAGAAGGCCAAGGUAGCUGCUCCCAAGAAGAAGGGCAGCGUCGCAGAUCAAGGGAAGCCCCUCGAUAUGCCCGAGGGGUACUCCUACCUGAACACCGCCGCCUUGGAAAUAAGGUCGAAGGUUGAUGCGGCGGACAUCUACGUUACUCAGCUUCACGUGGGCCCCUCGGCCAUCGUGGUGACACCGGGUCCAGAUGACGUCCUCUCUCGGGCUCCCAAGGGCUGUAUCGCGGUGCACGUUCUCUCGGUGUCCAUGGGGCUCCGCUUCCCCCUGCACCCUUUCCUCCGGGAGUACCUCCG